AUGAAUAUAGAAGACCGACGGGAAGUGCUCAAGGAGAAAAAUGCCUGUUUUAAUUACCUGAAAAUCGGACAUUUGUGUAAGAAAUAUCGUGUCAAUAUCAAAUGUGCAUGGUGUAGUAAAAGGCAUGUAAUUUUGAUGUGCACAGAGGUCACUCGCAAGGAAACUGUCACGAAGGAAGCUGAGCAUAAUAAGGAAUCCACGGAAGAGAGUAACUUGGCAAGUAUAUUCGAAAAUCCACAAGUUUUUUUACAGACAUUACGCGUUAAACUGCGAAACAGUGACGCCGAAUACAUUGUACGUGCUAUUAUUGAUACUGGUUCGCAAAGAUCGUACAUUCUGAAACAGACAGCUGAGAUGAUGGGUUAUGAACCGGUUGGUGAACAAUUAAUAACCCAUUCACUCUUUGAUUUAAAAUCGGAUUCACAGAGGCAUCGACGUUACAUUGUUCGAUUGAGCAGCCUGGAUGGAAAAUAUGCUUGCAAUUUUAAAGCUUUCAAUCAAGAUGUCAUUUGUGACAGUAUUCCUUGCAUUAAAAGUGGUUCAUGGAACAAGGAAUUGAGGAAUUUGAACAUCCGGCUGACAGAUAUUGAAGACAACGAGGAAAAUAGCGGACGUAUACAAAUUCUUAUUGGAGCUGACGUCGCCGGAAAACUGCUAACCGGACGCCGACAACUUCUGAAAUGCGGUUUAGUCGCGGUAGAAACUUGCUUGGGAUGGACUAUUAUGGGAAAAAUUUCUAACACCGAAGUGCACGAAGAUGCAACUGGAAUCGUGUUGUCUAUGUUUGUACGAGAGGAGAAUGUUUCUGAAUUAUGGAACUUAGACACUCUAGGAAUAAAGGAUCCUAUUGAGACGAAAUCGCUUAAAGAACAUGAAAAGGAGGUACAUGAAGCUUUUUUGAAAACUGUUCGGUUAAACGAAAAUGGACGCUAUGAAGUACGACUACCUUGGCUGCAAACUCACCCGGAGAUCAACGAUAAUCGAGAUCUUGCUCAUAAAAGACUAAUUACAACAACGAAGAAAUUGAAGAGCGAAGGAUUAUUCUACGAGUACAACGCAGUAUUUGAUGAAUGGAUGGCGGAAGGCAUUAUCGAAGAAGUUCCUGCUGAAGAAGCGCAUAAUUGGGGCCACUAUCUUCCACAUCGGCAUGUGGUUAAGGAGAAAAGUACCACCAGAAUACGACCUGUUUUCGAUGCGUCAGCAAAGGACAAGAGUUUUCCGUCAUUAAAUCAAUGUUUAGAAAAAGGUCCUAAUUUUAUAGAGCUUAUUGUAUCACUGUUAUUACGAUUUCGCAAAGAUGCAAAAGCAGUGAUGGAGAAAGGCUGUUUUGAUCUUAGAGGAUGGGAGUAUUCAGGAGACGAUACCCACGAAGACCAGGCUGCAGUACUGGGCAUUAUUUGGAAUAAGAAAGAUGAUAUCCUAACAAUAAACGUACCGGAAUUGAACGAUCUUUGCACUGAGAAAAUUACUAAACGCUUUAUACUGUCGCUCACUCAUCGAAUAUUUGAUCCGCUGGGUUUCGCUUGUCCCGUGAUGCUUUUCCCUAAACUUUUGUUACAAGAAGCUUGGGCCCAAAAAAUUUCUUGGGACGAUGAGAUAACUUAA